CUGUCGCUUGAUCUGUGCUGUUCAGUGGGUGUGGAAGAAGCGAUCGAGUCGUUGUCGUGUCCUCCAACAUGGUGUUCGAAGGCUGUUGCUUGAGUGAAGAAGAGGCCGAUCAGAAGUCUCGAUCGAAGAAAAUCGACAAACAAUUAGCACAGGAAAAGGCACAGCUACGUCGUCAAGUUAAAAUCUUGCUGCUCGGUGCCGGCGAGAGCGGUAAAAGUACCUUUCUAAAGCAAAUGCGAAUCAUUUAUGGCAAAGAUUUCUCUGCAGAGGAUCUUAACGAAUUCAAACCAAUCGUGUAUAGUAAUAUCCUAAAGGGAAUGAAAGUUUUGGCUGAUGCCCGUAGAAAGCUCAGAAUUGAUUGGGACGAUCCACGAAAUGAAGGCAACGCUGAAAGUAUUUUAACUCUUCAAGCUCCACCGAGGAUCGAUACAGAAAUGUUCUUAGAGUACUCUGACAGUGUAAAUCAACUCUGGUGUGACAGGGGGAUUCGAGAGGCAUUCGAUCGAAGACGAGAGUUCCAACUGGGCGAUUCUACCAGAUAUUUUCUUGAUAAUCUUGAACGGAUAUGCAGAGCGGAUUAUGUCCCUACCAAGCAAGAUAUGCUCCAUUCCAGGAAGGCUACAAAAGGCAUUGUGGAGCAUGAGUUCAUCAUUAAAAACAUCCCAUUCAAAAUGGUCGAUGUUGGCGGCCAGAGAUCACAAAGAGCCAAGUGGUUUCAAUGUUUUGAUGAGGUGACAUCAAUUGUCUUCCUWGUAUCAUCCAGUGCUUAUGACCAAGUCUUGAUGGAAGAUAGAACAACGAAUCGCCUGGUGGAAUCCUGCAAUAUAUUUGAGACAAUUGUCAACAAUAAAUUCUUUGCCAAUGUCUCCAUCAUCCUGUUCCUCAAUAAAACCGAUCUAUUGACGGAAAAAGUCAAACAUACUAGCAUCAAAGACUUYUUCCCAGCRUUCCAAGGAAAUCCUCAUAAGCUUGAGGAUGUGCAGAACUUUAUAUUACAAAUGUUUGAUAGUAAGAGGCGUGAAAGGUCAAAAGCACUUUUCCACCACUUCACCACUGCUGUAGACACAGAAAAUAUCAAGUUUGUCUUCCAUGCUGUCAAAGAUACCAUUCUACAGGAGAAUCUGAAGGCCUUAAUGUUGCAAUAAUGGGAGUACAUAAAGAUGUGCUAUUAGAUGAAAUAUCCUCUAUUUUAACAAAGAAAACAACAAUGAACUCAGUGCAAUUGCUCUGAUGUUAUUUGUGGUACUGCGAAAGUCAAACAAGAUUGACAUUAUCACAGGGGUGUCAUGGUAACACCUAAUGUCCUCAGAUGGCUUUGAGUUACAUGGAUUUUAUACCCAUUAUAUGUUUCACAAGAGACAUUAUUUGGUGGCUGUCAUCACAACACUAAAYGUUGUACUGAUGUACAAAUCUUUUCAUUGCCAAGAACUUUGCUUUUAUUAAUAUUUUGUUUGCAAUUGAAAUCAGGUGAAGUAUUAAUAGGAAAAAGAGAAUUUGAAGCUGUGAUYUCAGUGGGUAAAAAUCUUGGUUUCUCUGGGGACAAGCCAAAGAACCMCAGUUUGUUAUGGCUUCAAAGAUUUUAUCGUUCAUGUAGUUAUUAAUUUUUAUUAUUAUGUGGAAGUGUUUACAUUUCAUCUUCUAAAAAACAAGUUUGCAUCAAUUGUAUAUGUUUUAUCACUUUUAGUUUGAGUUGCAGAAAGUACAAUUACCAYGGUUUAUUCUCAUAUAGGUUUUCGUUUCUGCAUGUAAAUUAGUUGUGCAGUGCAAAAAUGUUUCUACUUUGCUUGGAAAAAAUGCAUGAAUCUAUGCCAAGUCUCUAAAGUAUAUACUUCGGACUAAUAAAGGAUUUGUUUUAUAAUACUUGCUGAACUAUCAGCUCUGUGACAAAGUAGAUAAUUCAACUAAAGAAUCCACAAGAGUUAGUGUAGGGAAUUUUGAAAAGAAAUUGAUUUGAAUUUAUGUCUUUAAAAGCAAGGAACUGUAUGUACAUGGUAAGAGGUGUUCACUGGAAAAAGUUCUGUGAACUCAAAAGUAUUUGCUGUUCAUGAUACCUUGUAGAUAAAUAAUAGAGUGCUUAUUCACUAUGGCUGUGAAAUGAAAUGUUAAAAGUUCUGCCUAAUAGUUUUUAGUUACAGUCUUAAACAACAGGAUUKUAUUUAGAGGGGAGUAUAGGAUGGGUGCCUGUGACUCCUUAUCAAAACAAAAAAAUUAAAAAGAAAGAAAGAAAAUAUUUGUUUCGACAACAUUUAGCUUCUAUAAAAGCUAUGUGCUAUCAACAAUUUUCAUCUUAUUUYGUUGACAUAGUGAAAGCACAAAAUUAUCUCUUUCUUAUAUUUUUAUGUCAAAAAUCACUCACUAGAGUGGACAAAAUAAAUGUGUAUGUAGUUGAAAGUGGGACUUCAAGUAGUUAUUGCGUAUUUUAUUAUUUCUCAUCUUCCUGACAGUACAUUAUUUUACCUUGCAGAAUUCCUAUAUUGUACAGAGUGUUCAGCCUAAAUUUUUAAAGGAAUUUUAAUUUUUAUAUGGAACUUUGAUAAUGGAAAUGGGGUAGAAUAGACAUGUUAGUUUAUGAUUAUAAAAUACCUGUAAUAAAUUAUGUUAUUAUUGGUGUAUAUUC